GAUGAAUUAUCUGUCAAAUUGGAUGAAUUGUUAUCUUUAGAAGUUAAAAAAAGAAUUUAUGCAUUACAUAGAUUCGCAUUAUUAUUUCCAACUCUGAACGGAGAUACAAAAACACAGUUACUUUGUAAUCUCCAGCGACUUCUUUAUAAGGAAGAAGACAAGGAUGUUAAGAAUCUUGCUAUUAUACUAUUGGAAAAAUUAAUACUCGAUCAAUCCAUAGAUCGUGUAAAAAUACUUGAUGUUCUAAUUAAUCAGGUGCGAACUAAUUCGACUGAAAUCAAAUGUCGGAUAUACGAAUCAAUUCACAAUAUUUUAAAGAUUGAAAAUAUACAAUCCCAUCUGCCUUCAAUAAAUACGUUACAAUUGCUUUGCGUACAAGCAAGUAACGACCUAACCGAUUUACAUUAUAGCAUUCGAUCUGUAUGCAUCGGUUUGCUAUCAACGUUAUUACCCAUCAUUAUUAAUAUGAUGGAUGUGAAGGAUGGUGUGGGCAAUUUAAAUGCAUUAGAUUUUAUGAAUGAAAUACAAAUUCAAAAUAUGAUUCUUCGUUUCGGUGAAGAUCCCGAUCCAAGAGUUCGAACUGCUGCGAUUAGGGCAUUUCUUCAUCUACAUCAGCGUGGUUGUAAACUAGAUAUGUCGUUAUACAAUUUGUGUGUCACUUGCUUAACCGAUGAUUCUGAAGAAGUCCGCUUUGAAGCGGUUUUAAGUACCAUUUAUCCUCAAGAAAUGAGAAAUUAUCCAUUGGAUGAUGGUAUUUUCCAAAAUAUCCGAUUAUUAGACGAUGCUUUUACCAAAAUUUGCGAUAUGGUAAAUGAUAGAUCUGUAAAGGUUCGAAGUAAGGCGUGUACUAUAAUGGGAAGUUAUCAUCAAGUUGAUGAAUCAAUUCUUCUUGAAACACUAAGUCAGGAGAUCAUUACUCAUGGAAAAUCUUGGAAGCCUACUACUAGCCAUAGUAAAAAACAAAAAUCUAGGUUUAUUCCAACUCCUGAGGGUGAUUUAGAUGUAGAAUCAGCUGAAUUACGUAUUUUGAAAUCUAGUGCUUGUGGCGCAUUUAUUCAUGGGUUAGAGGAUGCAUACCAGGAUGUUCGUAAUGCUGCGAUUG